AUGUCAUCACCGGCCUGUUGGACGUGCCGCCUUCGGAGGAAAAAAUGCGACCGAAUCCGACCCGUCUGUGCGGCCUGUGCCGGUCUGGACAUCGACUGCCACUACAGCGCCGUGAAGCCAGAGUGGAUGGACGGGGGUCAGAAGCAGCAUGACAUGGCAAAGGCCAUCAAGGCUCAAGUGAGACAGGGCUCUUCAUCGCGUCGCGACAAGGAAUUCUCUGUUCAAGUUCUUCCUCUUGGAGAGUCCUCUACUUCCCUUCAGCCUCCUCCCUCGCAUGACAGCCCAGCGUCGACUGGCUCUGCUGCACCAGUACACGCAACCGGCCAGGAUGAAACGGAUGAUUUCCUCAUGACACUAUACCUAGACACUGUGUUUCCCUUCUUAUUCCCAUGGUACAAGCCCACGAACAUAAGCGGCGGACGCACCUGGCUCUUAGCCAUCCUCAAGGGUCAACUGGGCAUCAAAUACACAGCCCUCAGCAUCAGCGCCUACUAUUUCACACUGACUCUUGCCAAAGACGUGAGCCAUACUCUACGUACGCCUUGCGAGCAGCAUGUGUGGGAUACGCUUGCGCUUCAUAUGAAGACUUCUCUCAAGAUCAUUAGGCAGGACAUGGAUGGUCUAAACAAGCACACCAAGGCCGAUGUCUUUCGCCAAACACAUGUCUUGGGGGGAAUUGUUCAACUCUUGAUCUUUGAAACGAUCAUGGCGAGAGGGGGUGAUUGGAACAUGCAUCUGGCGGCCGCUUUGGCGUUGUUCAACGACAUUUUCGAGACUCACGGCAUGAAAGAUGGGCAACAUGAUCUGGGAGCCGUGUUGAGAGCCAUGGGUCAAGAUUGGCCAUUUUUCAACGGAGCACAGUUGGGUUUCAGCGUAUGGACCGCCGACCAGGCUUCUUUCCAAUUCUUUACCGCUUUCCUCAUCUUUGCGGAUAUCAUAUCCAGUGUGCCUCUAAAAGCCCCUCCCCAGCUUCGACGCUAUCAUAGCUCUCUCAUUUCGGAUAAUCACCCUUCGAGCCAAAACUCAAGCUAUAAGCCUCAAGGUAUCUGCAUGGAGGACUAUGUUGGAUGUCCCGGAUGGGUUCUCAUCACUCUUGGAGAGGUUGCAAGGCUAGAGUCAUUGAAACACUCAGCUGAACCCAUCCAAAGGGCAGGCAUAGCAGAAGUGGUGCGGAAUCAAAGCAUAGAGCUUGAGCGGAUGCUGGAAGAUGGGCUAUUCACCAUGUCCAACUCGACAAGCCAAGCUCAAAAUCGAGUUCCUGUGGUGGAGGCAUGGAUACACGCCACAAUACUCCAUCUCACAAUCGUUGUAGAAGGCUGGGAUCCAUUACACCCCAAGAUCCUCCACAGCGCUCAACGCAUUCUAGAAAUCAUCAGCACAAUUCCCUGGCAGCUCUCCCUCCGUAGUAUCAUGUGGCCGUUCUGCGUUGCCGGCUGCCUAGCAGCACCCGAGCAGGAGGACAUGUUCAGAAGCGUCGUGUCGGCGAUGGGACCCUUCCAAGCCUUUGGCACGGCUAAGGAAGCACUCGGGCUAAUGGAACGAGUCUGGGGGCUUCGAAACCAGCUAGACAAGGAUUCAUGGAGUCUUUGUCAUUGCUUUGAGGUUGACGGCGUCAAGUUUCUGCUGAUAUGA